CAAGUCUAGUAAUGGAGAAAUCUGUGCUACUGUUCAUUGCUGCACCAUAUAUGGGCCAUUUGGCACAAUCUGUCCAAUUAGCCAAGCUCAUGCUUGAGAAAAGCAAUCAACUCUCAGUUUUAUUUCUAGUCAUGAAGGUGCCCGUUGAUCCUGAAGGCACCAUCAAAGUCCAGAACAUCAUAAGCGGCUGCAAUGUCGAGCGCCUCCGCUUCCACCAUCUUCCGACGCCAGUAAACACCAAUAACUGGUCAUCAAAUAAAGGGUUGUUCAUAAAUCAGCUAGUAGAGUACCAGAAACCUCAUGUCAGAGAAAUUGCCUCGAAAAUCAAAGGUCUCUCUGGCUUCAUACUUGACGUACCCACCUCCACUUUGAGUGAUGUAGCUGAGGAAUUUCGGCUGCCUAGCUACAUCUUUUUCACGUCUAGUGCUGCUUCUUUUGGGCUUAUGCUACAUGUCCAAUGCCUCCAGGAUGAGCAUAACCAAGAUACAUUUGAACUGCUCAAAACAAGUCAGGAAUUGAUACUGCCUUCUUUUGUUCAACCGGUUCCGAUCACUGUCCUACCAACUGUCAUCACUGAUAAGCUGCUGUGGUCAUCAAGGAUGCACAAGUUAAUCCAGUACUGGAGAAAGCCCAAGGGAUUGAUUAUGAACACAUUUUCCGAGCUUGAAGAUUUUGCUCUCGAUUCUUUCGUGAAAGAUUCAGCUUAUGGCAAGACAGGACUUCCACGAAUUUAUCCCAUUGGGCCUGUUCUAAACAGGUCUGAAACAAAGAUUAAAAGCCAUUCAGAAAUAAUUGAAUGGCUAGAUAAUCAGCCACCGAAUUCAGUGGUGCUUGUCAGCUUUGGAAGUUUGGGAAGUUUUGAUUUAGAUCAAGUGAAAGAGAUUGCCAGUGGGUUGGAGCACAGCGGACAUAGGUUCCACUGGGUUCUGAGGCGGCCCCCAGCAGAGAAAGGAGGGUUUCCUAGGGAGUAUGAGAAUCUUGAACUUGUUCUGCCCAAAGGGUUCUUGGAUCGAACGGCUUUCAUUGGAAAAGUUAUUGGUUGGGUGCCACAAUUGGCUGUAUUGUCACACUCUGCUGUGGGAGGAUUUGUGUCACAUUGCGGGUGGAAUUCUAUAUUGGAGAGUAUUUGGUGCGGCGUGCCAAUUGCGACGUGGCCUUUGGCUGCAGAGCAACAGUUGAAUGCAUUCCAUCUGGUAAAAGAGUUGGGAAUAGCUGUGGAGAUUAGCCUGGAUUACAAUGAAGCAAAGGAGCAUCAAGAACUGGUGAGAGCAGAGCAAAUUGAGAAAGGAGUGAGGGAAGUCUUGGACGGUAAGAAUGAAGUGAGGAAAAGGGUCAAAGAAAUCAGUGAGAAAAGCAGGGCGGCUGUGCAGGAUGGUGGAUCAUCUCAUUUGUGCUUUGAGAAUCUCGUGAAGACCAUUUGCAGCGGCUCCCACCGUGGGAGAUGAAAGCGUGGUAUAGUCAAAGAGUAAACGCCAAGGUUGAUGUCAAGGAGCUUGAAGGCGUGCCAAAUGCGGUCUGUCAAAUGCUUCAGGUGGGAAUCAACUGGAGUCCAGAGCAACGUCAUCGAAUUUUAGAGGCAUAUCCAAAGGCUUCGCUUUUUUUUUUUUUUCCCUUGGUAGGAUCAGAAAUUUUGUGUGUACAACAAUGGAACUAACCCUACUUAGAGCAAUCUAAAAAUUUGUGUGUACUACAAUGACUCGGAUUUAUGGUUUGUUCCUCACGCAGAAGAAAACUUGGCUACCACCAAGAAUGUAUUAAUUUGGCUAUCUUUGAUCCAUCACAAGACAUUUAU